GAGUAGUAACCGGCCCGUUAGAUGCUGAUGCCGAAAAAGGGAGUUCAGCGGUUCUUUCUACCACAAGUACUUCAAGUCGAUAGUACUCAGCCUACGGUAGUACUGGCAGGACCUAAACUCAUUCGUGCACUAUGCGGAUCCUUUCAUGGAACAUUAAUGGCGUCAGGACUCUUCCUCAAUAUCACCCAUGGAAUACCUUCACUUCAUUUCAAGGAAUUUUGCAGCAUAUCAAUGCAGAUAUAAUCUGCUUUCAAGAAAUGAAGACCUCGCGUUCCAGCCUGUCGCGCUGCGUUGCUUUACAAGACGAUUUUGAGGCUUUCUUCUCCUUCCCACAGAAUAAAGCAGGGUAUAGUGGCGUCGCAGUUUACGCUGACUCCCGCACUAUCACUCCACUUCGGGCAGAGGAGGGUCUCUGCGGCAUCUUGCAGCCUAAGCCACCUCUCACGUUCGAUGAGCGCAUAUCUCGUUCAUAUCCCUGCGCACAUGAGAUCGAACUAAUGCCGGAUGAACAUGGAUCAACCCCAAGUGAUCUCGCUGCCUUGGAUGCUGAAGGUCGUGCCCUGAUCGUGGACUUUGGCCUGUUUGUAUUGAUCAACGUCUAUUGCCCAAACGAAACUUCCGAUGUACGUCUUCCUUUCAAAAUGAACUUCCACGUCAUGUUGCAAGAACGAGUUCGGAGGCUCAUGAAUGAAGGCCGGGAAGUUGUGGUCGUCGGCGACAUCAAUAUCUGCGCAACACCUCUUGACCAUUGCGACGGUCAUCUUGCUAGUAACGUUGCGACUUUCCACGACCAUCCUGCUCGUGCGUGGUUUCAUAGGUGGCUGAGCCCUAUUGGUUGCAUGACUGAUGCCGUGCGGACAUUCUGGCCUGACAGAAAGGGAAUGUACACAUGCUGGAACACGAAAAUUUCUGCCCGGGAAACCAACUAUGGUACCCGAGUCGACUACAUUCUCGUUACACCCGGUAUGCUUCCUUGGAUCAAGCACGGAGACAUUCAGCCGUCGCUCAAAGGAUCUGAUCACUGCCCCAUAUAUAUCGAUCUUCACGACGAAAUAACAACCGAUACUGGCGAAAAAUUGUUCCUCCGUGACGUCUUGCCAUUGGACGGGAAUAGAUCAGACCCGCCUCGGCUGGCAGCACGACGAUGGGAAGAGUAUUCUGGGAAACAGACGCUACUGUCCACGUUCUUCGGAAAAGGGAACAAGUUGCACAGUUCCCCAUUUUCGUCGAUUUCGCCCACUGCAGAUACACAAAUACCCAGGGAACAGUCUAAUGCUGCACAGUCAGAUCAUACACACCCUGACUUCGAGCUUCCGCCUCCAACGCAUCCCUCGCUGAGCUCUCAGAAGUCCGCAUGCACGUCCGCGAGUCAGGCCCCUGCACCAUCAUCUACGCUACAACCCGAUCCCAUUUCAUCAAACCAACAUGCGCCCCCAGCCACUUCUACAAAGCGCAAGUCAUCAGCCGAUGCAACCAAGAAAGCGCCGAAGAAAUUGAAAGGCGGUCAAAGCAAGCUCUCCUCGUUCUUUGCGCAACCUUCAAUGAUCCCGCCUUGCAGCCAGGAAGAAUUUUCUACCCAAGUUGCCGAUCAACAAGACUACAUAGAGUCCGACCAUCAGCUCGCGCUCGAGCUUUCCGCUUCACUUGGAAAUCCACUUUCGCAGGGCUCACUUGCCUCAGCGACGCCUUCGGGUUCGCAAAGUAAAGCCGCGUGGUCGCAGCUGAUGGCCCCUGUCCAACCACCGAAUUGCCUCAUACACGAUGAGCCCGCCAAGGAGUACACCGUUAACAAGGCAGGUCCAAACAAGGGGAAGACAUUCUACCUCUGUUCGAGACCGGUUGGCCCGGGUUAUGACAAGGGUAAAGGUGAACGCCUCCGGGAAGAGGUGAAUCCCCGAUACCGGUGUAAUUUUUUUAAAUGGUCGAACGACGUCAGGCGGGAAGCCAAGGACAAGUCAUUCUCAUCAUGA